AUGCUGCUUGACGCAAGUUAUGCACCGGAGCUGGUCGCUCUGAGCACAGGCCCACUCAGCGUGCUUUAUCCGGAGUCUGUGUUCCGGCAGUGGCCAUGCUCCGUUGCUUUCACCAUGCUUCUGAAGACCUUGCUGCGCAGGAGCAAUCCUUUGGCUUAUGCGCAGAUGGAGGGCGAAGGAGAGGCUGACACCCACCCCGGCCAGGAACCUGCCACAGAGGCCAGCCUUACCCCGACCGUCCUGGGAGCUCGCUGUGACGAGCCAAAGCCCCCCACGCUGCCGGACGGCAUCUGA